CACUGGCUCUGGAGCAGUCAGAGUCCAGAGAGCCGUGAAGUCAGACUGGACGACCAGCCUUUCUCCCGAAGCUGAAGGGCCCCCCUGAGAGGAUGAAGGUCUCCGGGGCUGCCCUCUUUCUCCUCAUCCUCAUCCUCACCACUCCUGCUUUGCACGGCCAGUCAAAAAGUCCUGCGUCGUUGAACAGUUCUCACACCUGCUGCCUGAAGCAUCAUGAGAAAGUAAUGCCAAGGAAAAUGGUGGUGGGAUACAGAAGGGCCCUCAACUGCUACCUGCCGGCAAUCAUCUUUGUCACCAAAAAGAACCGAGAGAUCUGUGCCAACCCCCAAAAUGAAUGGGUCCAAGAGUACAUCAAGGAUCCCAAUAUACCUUUGCUGCCUCCCAGGAACUUGGCCCAGGCUAGACGUGUUGGGCCAUAGGAAGGCCACAACACCACAGCUCUCCACGACCAUCAGGCCUCAGUCGGAGUCCAGGUUCUGUAAAGAAAGGGGCAGGCCUGUGAAAAUGCAGCAUCUGGGGUGGGGGGCCGGCAUGUGGUCUGAAUGAGAAGCUAAUUAAAUGUACUUUAAACAUGUUCUCAA